AAAAAGAAGGUUAUAAGAAGGCUUGUCGUCCACACCCGCACCCGCCCCUUCUCUUCCUCACUCUCAUAAAAAAAUUCAAAACCUCAAAAUCUCUCAUUUCGGGCUGUAAUUCUUCGUGCACACGAGCACCCUACCCCCUCGCUAACCUUCGUGGUAUCCUCGUUGGCUGCGCGAAGAUGAGCGGCUUUUCUAGGGUUUCAAUCCCUAAUAACACGAAGAAGAUGAUCCAGAACAUUAAGGAGAUCGCGGCGAAUCACAGCGAUGAGGAGAUAUACACAAUGCUUAAGGAAUGCUCCAUGGAUCCCAACGAGACCGUUCAUAAGCUCCUUUACCAAGAUACCUUUCACGAGGUCAAGAGAAAGCGUGACAAGAGAAAAGAGAGCAAUAGAGAAGCUUCUGAUACACGGUGGAGGCCAACAUCACAGGGGCGGGGGGGUAGGGCCGGACGGGGCAACUAUAUUCCUCGUUAUGCAUCUCAUGAUUCAGAUAGCAGAAGGAACAUAGUUAUUGCGAAGGAGAAUGGAAUCAGCGAAGGCGGGGGAAAAGGUUCCACAUCUCCUUUGUCUCAUAUGCCUGUGGCUACAGAAACUAAAGCUACUACUGGAGAAAAUAAGUCGACUAUCCCUAUAUUGAGUUCCAUGUCUAACAUGCCCAAUGGAUCUAUCAAAGCUGAGCACCUGCCAUCUGACAAGCUUAGUUUCAGUGUUGACUCUUCAAUUGAAGGACUUUCAGCUGUGAUGGUCAGUAAAGUCGGGUCUUCUUCAACUGAUGGAAAGCUUUCCUUAUCAAGCAGUGAUCAGAGCUCCUUAUCCAUCUCUGUAGUUUCUGCUUCCGGUGAUUAUGCCUUGUCAUCAGAACCAGCCAUAUUUCCAUCUAGUGAUGGACUUUCUCUCAGUGUAGUGGGUGCGAUCAAGGGUGAAGUAGGGACUCAUCAGUCAAUAGUUGAUACAACUGCUGACAUAAAUGUUUCUCAUGAUAAUGGUGGCUCUAAAUUGUCAUUCUUACAAGAGACAAUUGCAUCUGAAACGAGCCAUGCUUUUGUUAAUGGAAAACUUAAAGAGAACUUUCUUGGAAUUGAGGGGGCAAAAGUUCUUAACACUUCUCAAGCUGCAUCUCCAUCUUCUUCUAUUACAGGUGCCUCUAGCAGCAGGCCUUCAUCUAAUUAUAGCAAUCGGUCACAACACACAGGUGCUCCUAUCAAGGCUGGUCCUGCCAAGGAGUGGAAACCUAAGUCAACUAUUGUGAACACUUCUACAGUUCCUGGAGUUUUCACGACCUCUGCUGUUGACUUUCGCAUAGGGGAAGCCGUUAACCCCAUGGUUAUAGACAAUGCUACAAAAAUACAAAAGAAGUUAGAGGACCUGCUCGUUUCAGACACUAUACAUGUCAUUAUUCCAGAUCAUUUACAGGUUUCUGAGUCUGAAAGAAGUGGCUUGAGUUUUGGAAGUUUUGAUUCCAACUUUAGUUUGUCUAUGAGGUUUAAAAAUGAACCUGAUCGGGAAGAAAUAUCAAGAGAAUCAUCAGAGUCAUCAGGAGAGAUUGAGGAGAAUACUGAGGCACUUCCAUCAAGUACCGUAGAUUCUUCCAAAGUCGCUGAAGAAAACAAUUAUCAAGGUGAUCAACAAGCCAGCAUCCCUGAAAAUCAAACCGUCGGACUUGAAAUUCUGUCAAGCAUAUCUCCUGCUGCUGAAAACGAUCAAUCUAAAUCUGAAGGAUCUUUGGCUUCUGAAGUACUUCAGCACUCCGUUAUUCAUACUGCACCAGUUUAUUCAAACUUUGGAUUGGUACCACCAAUGCUUGGCAGCCAUUUUUCAGCAUUAGAGAGUGCAGAUCCACAGGCACAUGAGACCGCCCGUCUUCCUAGCUUUAUUGUCCCACAACCUUUUGAUCCUUCUACAAAUUACUACGCUUCUAUCUAUAGACCUGCCAUUGAUGGAGAUGGUCGUUUCUCCCCUCUUCUUUCCUCUGGUGCUGCUACUAAAUACAAUGGGACUGGAGCGGUAUUAUCUGCUCAAACUGGCCAAGAGAGUGUAAGCUCAUUAACUUUCUCAACUGGAUCGGCUCCUCUGGUAACUCAAACUGCUGGAGUAGCGCAGUCCUCAAUUGCUUCUGGCCAACAUCCUGUUCCUGUUUUUAGGCAGCCUGCUGGUGUACAUAUAUCUCAUUAUCCACCCAACUAUGUUCACUAUAGUCAGUAUUUUUCGCCAUGUUAUGUUCCUCCACCGGCGGCCAUUCACCAUUUUUUAGGAAAUACCGCAGCAUUCCCCCAGCAGCCUCCUCCUGGAGGAUUAUUUCCCCUUUCUACGGCAACCGCCGGCACCAACGCUGUCAAGUAUCCCAUUUCUCAGUACAAGCCUGCAACUAACAGUGGCCCAACUGGUCAACCCUAUGCUUUGAAUCCGCUUGUUUAUGGUUCUGCUGUUAGUGGUGGGAACUCAGCUGGCAGUGAUGAUCUUACUUCAUCUCAAUUCAAGGACAACAAUGUGUUUAUGACUGGGCAGCAGAGUGAAGGCUCAGCUGUCUGGAUGUCUCCACCUACCCGGGAUAUCUCUACUUUUCAGGCUGGUUCUUUUUAUAAUGUUCCUCCCCAGGGACAGCCCGUUGCAUUCGCUUCAGCUCAAGGUGGGCAUGCUGCAGCUGCAUUCACUGGUAUUUACCACCCCACCCAAUCUGUUGCUGGUGGAUCUGUCCAUCCCUUGCUCCAGCAAUCCCAGCCCAUCGGCGGAGCUGCCGAAAUGGGCGGCCCUCCUCUUGGCAUCUAUCAACAGCCUCAGCGAGCUUCGCCAAUUAACUGGAUCAAUAAUUAUUGAAAUAUUUGUUUAAAGUAGACUUUGGUUAAGCUUAUAUGCAGUUAGUUGCAUUUGAAAACAAGGGGACUAUUGGAUUCAAUUGUGAGGAUCAACAAAUUAUCUACGUGAAGACCACCAAAUGCAUGAAUGGUUGUAUAUAAAGAGGCAUAAAAGGAUGACCAGAAACAUAAGCGUGAUAAGAGGUCAGAAUGAAUUUUAGAUUGUUUGAAGAAAGGUAAUGAAGUUUAACUUUCACCUGAUACUGAUAAGUUGACCCUUUAUAUUGUAGUUGAGGUCGAUAUUCUGGUUCUACCUCUUUUGUUUGAUGCUGCCUUGUAAUGCUGUUAAUGUUUUGCUUCAUAGCCUACCUCUCUUUUUUUUCUCUCUUCCACUGUUUUAAUUUAAUCUCAAAGUUCAUUCACUUAUCCUUUUGGCUGAGCUCAUACAAAACUAUAACAGAAAUUAUUUGUGUUUUUGGUCAUUCAUUAUGUGAUCGUCUGUAAAGUAAAUUUUGAUAGCAUAUAAUUGUAUUGAAGACUGUUAUAUUUGGUAUAAUAGAAGCAGCAGCAUCUGUUUCCAGUUUC